AUGAACUCUACAAUGCUUAUAGCAGACACAUAUGUGGAAGUCUUUGCAAGAAAUUUCACUAUUGUUUUUCUUGGAAUCAUUAUUAACUCUAUAAACGGAGUAUUUGUGUUAACCUUCUUCAAAAGUUCAAUUUUCUACAAUGACCCGAGAUACAUAUUAUAUAUUCAUCUGGUUAUUAAUGAUAUGCUCAUGGUUUUUAUAACAAUAGUUCUUUCUGUGAUGGCAUAUGCAUGGCCCAGUGUCCCUCUGCCAUUCUGUAUUAUACUGUUAAUGAUUGCCUCCACAACUCAUAAGAAUACUCCAUUGACUUUGGCUGGUAUGGCUAUUGAGCGUUACAUUGCCAUAUGUAAACCACUGCAUCAUUCUCAGAUCUGCACCGUACGCCGGACCUACAUCCUCAUCUCUCUCAUAUGGGGCGUUGGAGUUUUACCCAACUUGGCUGACUUGAUUGUCUUUUCAAUCCUUCGUCCUUUACCCAUCUUUACAAGGGUGCUCUGUAGUUCACCAAAUCUUUAUAACACACCAUACCAUGAACAACAGAGCAAACUUACUCAUGGGAUUUAUACAUCUGCUGUGUGGCUGAUUCUUUUAUUCACAUACUGUAGAGUUAUGGUUACGGCCAGAAGAGCCAAUACUGAUAAAUCCUCAGCUAAAAAGGCCCAGAGCACCAUCCUGUUACAUGGAGCACAGCUGUUGCUCUGUAUGUUAUCUUACAUCACUCCUAUUAUAGACAGGAUUUAUGCCCCACUUACACCUGCACUGCGGACAAAAAUCACUUUUCUUAAUUAUCUUCUAACAAACUUAUUUCCACGGCUGCUCAGUCCUUUGAUAUAUGGUGUUCGAGAUAAACAUUUUUUAAAAUCUAUUAAAGGAAUUAUUUCAUGCAGGUUUGUAAUUGUGAAAGUUAAACCAACCUGCAAGAAGAUUUUAAAGUAGCAUUGGAAAAAUAUUUUUCUGUGCUUUUAUUUCUCUAAAGAUUAAGUCAUAUAUUUUUAAAGCUGUGAGGUCAUAUGUGCUUGUUUUCAUUUGCAAUAGUUCUGAAUGGUGGAUACAG